CAGAUGCGCAAUUUUCAAAGUUGGUUAACUGUGCAGCUGAGGAUUCGUAGUGUCUGAGCGAACAGCAAAUAUAGUGCAUCUAAAUAUCCUGCGUUAUUGGUUGGAUUUUAAACGACUUUGGCAUCUUCUUUUAUCUUCUUUUACGUGGGAUCAGUUGAACGGUUAACGUUUAAAGGGCUUUUAAGACGUGGAGCACAGAAGACGCUCUUCAAACAUGGCUUCAUCACAGUUAACGUUACCAGCAGCCAAAAAAGAGGAGAAAGGCAGAAAUAUACAAGUGGUUGUACGAUGCAGACCCUUCAACACAGUGGAGCGUAAAUCUGCAUCUCAUACUGUUGUUGAAUGUGACCAGAACCGAAAAGAGGUGAUGGUCCGUACUGGAGGCGCCACAGACAAAGCAGCAAGAAAAACAUACACUUUUGACAUGGUUUUUGGUCCUUCUGCCAAACAAAUUGAAGUUUAUAGGAGUGUGGUGUGCCCCAUAUUAGAUGAAGUUAUCAUGGGCUAUAACUGUACUGUUUUUGCAUAUGGACAAACUGGAACAGGGAAAACCUUCACAAUGGAGGGCGAAAGAUCACCCAAUGAGGAGUUUACUUGGGAAGAGGACCCUCUGGCCGGAAUCAUUCCCAGAACUCUUCAUCAGAUCUUCGAGAAACUGUCCAGUAAUGGCACGGAGUUCUCCGUGAAGGUUUCUCUGCUGGAAAUCUAUAACGAGGAACUCUUUGAUCUUCUCAGCCCUACUCCAGAUGUCACAGAGAGGCUACAGCUGUUUGAUGAUCCCAGAAAUAAAAGGGGUGUGACCAUUAAAGGUUUGGAGGAGAUCACUGUACACAAUAAGGAUGAGGUGUAUCAGAUCCUGGAGAGAGGAGCGGCCAAGAGAAAGACAGCCUCCACGCUCAUGAACGCUUACUCCAGUCGAUCUCACUCGGUGUUCUCCGUGACCAUUCACAUGAAAGAGAUCACUCUGGAUGGAGAGGAGCUGGUUAAGAUUGGAAAACUGAACUUGGUGGAUCUUGCGGGUAGUGAGAACAUUGGGCGAUCUGGAGCUGUGGACAAGCGUGCUCGUGAAGCUGGGAACAUAAACCAGUCUCUAUUGACUCUGGGUCGUGUUAUCAAGGCUCUGGUGGAGAGAGGGCCUCACGUGCCCUACAGAGAGUCCAAACUCACUCGUAUUCUGCAAGACUCGCUUGGAGGACGCACCAAAACCUCUAUUAUUGCCACUGUGUCUCCUGCCUCCAUAAAUCUAGAGGAAACUCUGAGCACUCUGGACUAUGCUAACAGAGCCAAGAGUAUCAUGAAUAAGCCAGAGGUCAACCAAAAACUCACCAAGAGAACUCUGAUCAAGGAAUACACAGAGGAGAUUGAGCGGCUGAAAAGAGAUUUGGCUGCCACCCGUGAUAAACAAGGAGUGUAUCUAUCUGUUGAUAACUAUGAGAAUAUGAACAGUAAACUGAUGUCUCAGGAAGAGCAGAUUACGGAGUACACAGAUCGGAUAGCCGCAAUGGAGGAGGAGCUCAAAAAGAUUAUGGACUUGUUUACAGACAGUAAGCAGAAAUUGGACCAGUGCGCUGAAGACCUGCAGGACAAAAAACAGAGGCUGGAGGAGACUCACAAGGACCUAAUUGAGACCAGGCAUCGCCUCACUCAGGAGGAGUACAUCAGUUCAAAGCUCCAGAACAAUGAGUGUCAACUCUAUAGCACUGCGGACCAGCUGUUGAGCACUGCUGAGACCAGCACACAGGAUGUUAGUGGUCUCCACGCCAAGCUGCAGAGGAAGAAGGAUGUAGAGCUCCAUAACGGGGAGGUCCAGCAGAGCUUUGCCCAGCGCAUGGAGAACUGCUACAACAGCAUGCAGACCUCGCUGCAGGAGCAGAGCCACAAACAUGCUGCUAUGAUCGACUAUUACCGCUCUUCUGUGGGUGAGCUGCUGAAUACGAAUGGCACAGUGUUCAAGGAGACGUUAGGUGCUGUCUGUGAGUCUUACAGCAGUAUUAAAGGGGCUGUGGGAGAAGGUGUGGAGCGCUGCAAGGAGCGAGUGUUACAUCAGGAGAAACUCUCUCAGGAGGCUCAGAAAUGCAUGCUGGAAAUACUGGAUGAACACAAACAGCAUUUAGAGGAGGUUUUGGUUGCCCAGGCGUUGCCAGGUAUCAGAUCUAUCAUGGCCGUGAAUGACAAUCUGAAGCAAACCCUUUACAGAUACAACACUUUGGCUGAGCAGAUGCAGUGUCUAAAAGCAGAGAUGAUGUCAUUUUUUGACUCUUAUGUUGAAUCGUUGGCCAGCAUGCGAGAGUUCGCUGUGCAGGGCUUCAGCAGUCUGCGUGCUGAGCAUGACAAGCUCAAACAACAGAUUAGCCAAGCUGGAAACAACCAUCAGACGCGUGUGGCCGAGCUGGUUCAAUGUUUGCAGAACCAAAUGAAUCUCUUGGCAGUGGACACACAGACUGACUUUGAGGGUCUUGCACUGGCGACAUCUGCCCAGACUGUCCCACUAGAAACGCUACAGAGCUCCAUACAGAGUAAAUGCACUGUGGCUGAGGAGCACACGGUGUCUGUCCGUGCUCGGCUGGGUUCCUCCGUGGAUGAAGUGAUAACGGAGAUGAAUGGGGUGACGGAAGAGGGAGAGAGGGCACUGGAGGAGAGUGCUGGUUACUGCAGACACCUCCAGACAUCACUGGACUCGUUGGCUGAGUCGGGACUCAAGUGGUGUCACGAAGCCAGAGGCUCAACUGAGAAUAAAGCCCAGGAACAGAUCAAACUCAUCAGGGAGACAGACACAGCUGUGCAAGACCUGCUAAAGUCUGUAGAAGAAAAGGGUGAGAAAGCCGUUAAGGAGUGUGAAAGCCGGUUGAGUCACAUGCAGCAGGAAGUAGAAGGAAUCCUGGGUCGUGUGGAAUCGCAGACUGGCAAAGAUGAUGCUACCUUGCAAGAACACAAAGAGAUCCUCUUCUCCAUCAACACUCAAACAUUGGACACAGUACACAACUUCAUCAGCUCAGAGCUGCGGCAAGAUUUACCAACAGGAACGACUCCUCAGCGUAAAGAGUAUGUGUAUCCACGUGUGCUGAACAAGCCUAGGAGUCGAGAGGAGUUGGAAGAUGAGUUCAGAGCUCAGCAGGAGCAGUUUCAGUGUGCACUGAGCCAGUGUGAGACUGUCACCGAGGCAGAAGAGGAGAAACCUCUCGACCAGGACUCUAUGGAGGAUGAAGUCAGUGUUUCUAGUGAUGGAAACCUCACUGAACAGUCAUGCUAUGAUGAGAACCUGAUGUGUUAUGAAAACGGAAGAGUUCCGUUUUUCAAGCAGAAGAAAAGCAAGAAGGAAAAUGGCAAUAAAUCACUGAACCGUUCAAAGAUGGAGAACGAGAGCAUGUGUUCGCCACCACGUUCUAAACUACCCCUCAGGUGUCAGAAUUAACUAAUUAUAUUCUUGUUUUUACUCUCUCUUUGUAUGCCUAAAAUAAACAUUGUUUUAGUCCUAUGUGUGUCUUUUUAAAUAUGAUUUGUCUGUGUAUUUAACUUUCAUAUGUCUGUUUCUUCAGUUUAGUAAUGUUGUAACUUCAUGGUGAUUUCUUACUGUUGCCUUUCUGUUAGUUUCAUGUUGUUGUUGGUUUUUUUUUUUGAACAUUUGUAUGUUUAAUUAAAAGCUAAAAGAAAAUUAUCCACUCCAUGUUUGAACCAAUAAAACUAUUUUUGAAGUAA